ACAGAUUUCAAGAAAUAUAAAUGAUUUAAUCAGAUAUAUCUCCAUGUUCCUGAGGCAAAUAGUGGCCUCGUGACCUCGUCUCUUCCUUAUCCUCACACUUCUCGGUAAACCUUUGCAGACUACAGUCACAAUGGCUUCCCUGCCUUCCCAUUCCCACGACCAUCAUCACGACCACGACCACGACCACGACCAGCAUCAUCACCACGACCAUCAUCAAGAUCACGAUCACGAUCACACUCAUGGGGAUUCAACAACAAAGUCAUGGGUCGGCCCCGAUGGUAAGGUGUACCAUAGCCAUGAUGGACUGGCACCGCACUCGCAUGAACCCAUAUACUCCCCAGGCUAUUUCAGCAGAAGAGCUCCGCCACUUCUCACCAGGGAUUUCAGUGAGAGGGCUUUCACUGUUGGCAUCGGUGGCCCAGUUGGUACUGGGAAAACAGCUUUAAUGCUGGCUCUUUGCAAAUUAUUGCGGGAUAAGUACAGUCUUGCUGCGGUGACAAAUGAUAUAUUCACAAAAGAAGAUGGUGAGUUCUUGGUAAAACAUGGAGCACUUCCUGAAGAAAGGAUACGUGCUGUCGAAACUGGGGGAUGCCCACAUGCUGCAAUCCGCGAAGACAUAAGCAUUAAUCUUGGUCCUCUUGAGGAGCUCUCUAACUUGUUCAAAGCAGACAUACUUCUUUGUGAAUCUGGGGGAGAUAAUUUAGCUGCCAACUUCAGUAGAGAACUGGCUGACUAUAUCAUCUAUAUAAUAGAUGUAUCUGGUGGUGAUAAAAUUCCUCGGAAAGGUGGCCCUGGUAUCACCCAAGCUGAUCUCCUUGUAAUAAACAAGACUGACCUUGCACCAGCAGUUGGAGCUGAUUUAACUGUCAUGGAACGUGAUGCACUUCGAAUGCGUGAUGGAGGGCCAUUUGUCUUUGCUCAGGUGAAGCAUGGACUUGGUGUAGAGGAGAUAGUGAACCACGUACUACAGGCUUGGGGAGCAGCGACCGGAAAGAAGCGUCACUGACGUCCCUUUCGGGAAGUUGGUUCAGUUUGUAUUUUGUAUCUCAAGUCACUAUUGUAUUGGGUUACUUUUUAAAUGCCUGUGUGACUGCAUUUAGGAAUACUCACGACUUCGUUUCCAGUCUUCUUAAUAAUGAACAUCUGGAUACUAAUUUA